UAAAUGGCCAAUGCAGUGCUGGCUCUGCGUGUGAAGGUGGAAACAACAGCUAGGUUUCAAGCAGAGACACGCGAGGCUUUUACGGCGUAGUUCUCUGCGGCGAGGUAGGGACGUGGUGUGUUUGUCAGUAACAGGUCUCUGUGUACUCGAGGGGUUGCUUGGAGUGUUCAAAUUUACCCUUCUGUGUUCAGCGAAGUGUCUCGCGGUGCAGGACAGUUGCAAGCCAGCAGUUGUUGGAUACUGGCCGCGUAAUGAGCUCUGGUUGUGGAGUAACAGAUUCUGGGCCGAGACAGACAAAUCAGCAUCUUGCUGUGGAAUCUUCUCAAUCUACAAAACAGCGUCAAUGUUUGGCAGUAUUGCCAACAAAUGCUACAAGACUUCGAUCGAAAUCUGAUUGUGCACGGAAUUAGAUUGUGGAAAGACGAUGCUAUUUUGAAAAUACUGGUUUGGAAGCUUUGGAAAAUAUCACGAAAAUUUACUGCGUAUUUGUGUUAAAUACACUUCAGAAUUUUGAAGGGUUCGGAUCAAUACGAAAACUUUGAAUCCACGGUUACAGCCGUUCAAAUUGGAGCAUUUUUCCCCGGAACUUUUCUGCCCAUUUGUCACCAGCUUGUGAUCGAACAUUUGGUUCCGCCGUUGAAGCAUGUCUAUUGUUGACCUUAAAAGGACUUCCAAUAUUCUUCGACUGGGUUUUCAUGACGAUAUUUACCAUAAUUACGGUGCCAUAUCCUGGAGGAAGUUCCUGAUACGCAGCCUCUAAUGACUUUUUCCCAUCGAUUGAGAAGCCCGCUGACGAGAUCAGAAAAUGAUCUGGAUAUACUACAUGGUCUAUAGGAAGAUUAAUAUACUCCAACUGUGAGCUUUGAAUUCUCAAGGAGAGUCGAAUGAAGAAUUCAGAAUUGCAUAUUGAAAUUUUUUACUUAGAUGAGACGAGACAGCGUUUAAUAUCAAUAUGUGCAUGAGGGUGUGUGUUUCAAAAAUAACCCCAAAUUAGAAUUGACAGAUUUCGAAAUUGGAUUUUGUGGUGAAACUUCCGAAAUGUGCCUGACGUGCCAUUUCGAUUUCGACAGGAUGUGUAAGAAGAGGGAUUAACGAGUAUUUUCAUCCUUCAAUUUUACAGAUUUUAUGCUGGAGAGACGUACCCAUGUUUCGAAGGAUAAAAUGGAGUACAGUGUAUUACCUUCUUUUUUAUAUCGUCUCAAACGACGGAGAUUUAAAUCUUUAGUCCUGCUCUGUUUUCUUCUUUCAAUCCUGUUUCUCCUUCUCCCCCAGGAGAAUGAAAUCGAGGUUGACAGCGACGUAGCAAAUCUCGUGUUAUUUCACGAGAAUCUACGUCGCCAGUCUGGUCAAAUGUGUGUCCACCCUCAACUUGACCCCUUCCACCCCUCAGUUGUUGGAUUCUUCCACGAAGUGCCCAAAAUAGACUGUGGUAAGGAUGAGGAUUGGGUGUAUGUUGUGAAUGGAACGUUUCAUAUAUCUAAGCGUGCUAGGAGGAGGUAUGGGAAAAUAACAUGUGAAUAUGCCCCAAUUGUUCGGGGACCAAACGAUUAUUCAGCCCGCCAUGCUGACCACAUCAAACCCAUGCACGAUGGGUCACCAUUGAUCUCCGACUUCUUCAAGGUAGCGUGUGUUUCUGUUCACGGGAAAAGAUACUUCAACAUACACUCAGGGAUUGCAUAUAACAAAACCUUACACACUUGGGCGGAGCAAACAAAACCAGUGUCUAAAAAUGCCUUAGAUCUGGACGUUUUGAUGUUUGGAUUCGAUUCACUUUCUAGGAUGACAUGGAUACGGAAAUUGCCUCAGACACGGGAAUAUUUUCUGAAACAGUUAAAUGGGAUAGAAUUAGAUGGCUAUAACAUAGUGGGAGAUGGAACUCCUCAGGCGCUGUUGCCAAUAUUGACUGGCAAAAGGGAAGAGGAACUUCCCGAGGCAAGAAGGGGGAAGUCAGGAGCCAAACCUGUUGAUAACCACCCCUGGAUAUGGAAGGACCUUAGAGAAAAUGGAUACUUGACUCUGUGGGCUGAGGACAUGGCCUUCAUUGGGACAUUCCAGCUACGCAUGUUGGGAUUUGAUCACCAGCCAACAGAUCACAGCAUGAGAACUUUCUAUUUAUCUGCUGAGCGAAUGUAUGCAAGAAACAAAAGGUUGUGUCUUGGUUCUGUGCCUAGGCAUCAGAAUUUUGUGAAAUGGUUUCAGGAUGCUUACAUGAUGUAUGGGAAAAAGAGGAAGUUUAUGUUCGGUUUCCAUUCGGAGACAAGCCACGACGACAACAAUAUGGUCCAAGUAGUGGACGAAGAUACCAAGAAGUUUUUGGAAUAUUUGGAAAAUAAUGGUUAUUUGAAUAGAACCAUUCUCAUAUUAAUGAGUGACCAUGGGGCCAGGUUUUCACAAGUUCGAGCAACGGCUCAAGGAAAGUUAGAAGAACGUAUGCCUUAUUUUGCCUUCAGGUUUCCCCCGUGGUUUGAAAAACAAUAUCCAGAAAUAGUUCGAAAUGUACGAAAAAAUGCUAAUAGAUUAACAACACCUUUUGAUAUACAUGAAACAUUCCAUGAUAUAUUAAACUACACCGGUGGAGGUGUAGGUGACAUUGCUCAAAGAGGGAUCAGUUUGUUCAAGGAAAUUCCAAAAGAACGGACAUGUUCACACGCUGGUAUCGAGCCUCACUGGUGCGCAUGCCUCGCAUGGAAGGAAGUAAACAGUUCACAUCCGGUUGUUAAAGAAGCUGCAUCCGCCGCAGUGGACUAUAUUAAUUCCUACACAGAGAGCCAAAGAGUUCAAUGUGCAUUUUUAAAGUUAGGAACCGUGACAAGGUCUGUAAAGAUUUCAACAAAUUCCAAUGUUUUAAAGUUUAAGAAAAGUUCUGAUUAUGAUGGCCGUGUAGCUGAUCUUUCAGGGAGAACUAAGACAGAUGAAGAUUUUUAUCAAGUGACCUUCACGACGGAGCCGGGGAAUGGCCAUUUUGAAGUUACCCUCAAGCAUUCAUUGAAUAGCAGUGAAAUAAUAAUCAAUGAAAAGGAAAUAAGUAGGAUUAACAGAUACGGAUCUGAUCCGGCAUGUGUUCAAGAACAGUACCCACAUCUCCGACCAUACUGCUACUGUAAUACUCCACUAAACAUCCUCUAAAAAUCCGCUAAAAAACAGUAUCUGUUCCGUUUGAUUGGCAUGUGAGUUAGGAUAGAUUACUGCUGGUAUAUUUAGUGGAUCUACUAUUAAUAUACCAGGCAUUACAACAUGUUACUUGAUCUUGGGGGCGGUUGGGUAGCCUAACGGUUAAAACGUCUGAAGGUCCAGAUACGAUUCCCCACAUGGAUACAAUGAGUGACGCACAUUUCUGGUGUGAUAUUGCUGGAAUAUUGUUAAAAGCGGCGUAAAAUCAUACCCACUGUUUCAAGAUUUGUCAUAUUGGUGAGUAUAUAGUAAUGCUGGUAUAUUUGGUGGUUCCACUAAUAUAUCAGAAAUUACCAUUUGCCCUGUUUAUUGUACAUUCAUCUGACAUAUCAGCCAUUACCUCCAGAUGACGUUUCAUAUGGCAUUACUGGUUUGGUGUAACCACACCAUAUCAUUUCUGUACUUCCACAUCCUCAACAAAGUUCCAUUAGACAUUCUUAUUUAUAUACAUAUUUAAGCAAAGAAGCCGACUGAUUGUUCAAGUUAUAUUUGCACAAGAAAACACAUUAAUGUUCGCGUAGCGGUAUGUUUCUCAUUCAUUCUAUAACAUAUGAGGCUCCAACAAAUUGAUGAUUCAUUCGUCAGAAACGCGUAAAAUGAAAAUCUGUUGUGAUGUUAUUGCAAGGUUCUCCUCACGAGUCUCCACCUUAGGACAUUAUUUCUUUGGCGAAUGAGUUUGCAACUUUAUUGAAACCCUGGAUCACUUGUAUGGUGCUAAUAGACCUGGGAGAACCUGGAUUUGAACCCUCGAUCAUAGGUCUAUAACGAACGCAUCUGUGCACAGUGAAUUCACUGGAUGAAUGGAAUGAAUGACCUUUGUUGUCGUAACACUUGCCGAAAGAGACGCCAAUCUGUAUCACCACCACGGUAUAUACUUGCGUGUUCCGAUGUUCUGUGAUGGAAGAUGACAACAUACAAUGCCUUCCAGUGCAACUUUACGUCUUCCUAAUGUUAACGAUCGAUGCUGGAUGUUAUAGAAAUAAAUCAGUAAACGAAUUACCAGUGUGGGUAAAUGCGUCUAACAUAUGAAAGAAUACAUGUCAUUUUGUUGAAGCAGAUAUGUUGCUAACAGAUACCAUUUUAACAUACUGUUUCAUAGAUUAUUGAUGAAAUGUUCAAUUUACAUUUAACUCUAUUUUUAAAGAGACAUAACGAUCGCCAGUUCACAGUAGGUGGCAGAAUGAUAUUUUGUUUUUCAGAUACGUGACUGCUGUAUGUAUACGCUGCCUUCUUGUGUAUUUAUGUAUGGACAAAUAAAGUGUUGGUACAAUC